UCACUCACUCACUUGCAGCAAUUACCACUAUCCUUUGAGUUAGCUUGGUUAGCUUGGUUUUCGCAACAUUUCCUAUUGGCAGCACGACUUUUCAGAUUUUGGUCCCAAUUCUUGAAAUUCAAGUGAGCUUAAGUAUUAACUAAACAUGAAGGAUUUUCGUUUGUCUAAUUUGGUUGUGCUGUUGUUAUGCAUUUCCCUCCUUUGCUUAGUCCACUUGACACAAGCUAGGAAGCACCAUUUGAAACACAAGCACUUUCACCAUCACAAAGGAUCACAUAUAUCACAACCUCCUUCAACUUCACCAACACCCGAGCCCGUGGCACCUGAGCCCCCGACACCCAUGCCUGUUCCUGAGCCUGCUGAGCCACCUUACAAUGAUGACAGUCCAAUUACGAAUUCUAGUGGAGUUUUCGACGUGAGAAAAUUUGGCGCGGCUGGAGAUGGGGUGACGGAUGACACGGAUGCAUUCAAGAUGGCAUGGGACACCGCCUGCCAGAGUGACUCUGCUUCCUCACUUAUCCUUGUUCCCAAGGGAUUCUCCUUCAUGAUUCAGUCCACCAUUUUCACUGGUCCUUGCAAAUCAAGCCUUGUGUUUCAGGUUGAUGGAACUGUAAUGCCUCCGGACGGACCUGAUUCGUGGCCAAAUAACAGCAGUAGACGCCAAUGGCUUGUCUUCUAUAGAAUCAAUGAAAUGGCAUUGCAAGGAGGUGGCCUAAUUGAUGGAAGAGGUCAGAAAUGGUGGGAUCUCCCCUGCAAACCCCACAAGGGAAAGAAUGGAACUGGACCAUGUGAUAGCCCCAUUGCAAUCAGGUUUUUCAUGAGCUCCAACUUGACAGUACAAGGACUUAGGAUCAAGAACAGCCCGCAGUUCCAUUUCCGAUUCGACAGCUGCCAGAAUGUUCAUAUAGAAUCUAUCUCUAUAACAGCCCCUGCACUGAGUCCGAAUACUGAUGGGAUUCACAUAGAGAACACAAUUGGUGUUGAAAUCUACAAUUCAGUCAUUUCUAAUGGUGACGACUGUGUAUCAAUUGGAUCAGGCUGUCAUGAUGUAAACAUAAGGAACGUCACUUGUGGACCCGGUCAUGGAAUAAGCAUUGGGAGUCUAGGCAAUCACAACUCAUGGGCAUGUGUGACGAAUAUCACGGUCAAAGACUCGGUGAUAAAAGCGUCGAACAACGGAGUCAGGAUCAAGACAUGGCAAGGUGGAUCUGGAGCAGUAUCUGGAGUGACAUUCAGUAACAUUCACAUGGACAAUGUGAGGAACCCAAUUAUAAUAGACCAAUUCUAUUGCCUGCCAAAGAAUUGUGCCAACCAGACCUCGGCAGUAUUCGUAUCAGACAUAUUGUACGACAACAUAAAGGGCACAUAUGAUGUCCGGAGUCCACCAAUGCAUUUUGGGUGCAGUGAUUCUGUGCCAUGCGCCAACUUGACACUCUCCGAGGUUGAGCUUCUUCCGGCUACUGGGGACAUAGUUUUGGACCCUUUUUGUUGGAAUGCUUAUGGAGAAUUGCAGACACUCACUAUUCCACCAGUUUCCUGCUUGUUGGAGGGUGUUCCUAACUCCAAAUUGGACAAUAGUGACAAGGGUUAUUGCUCAUGAUUUAUUUACUUUCAUGCAUGGCUAGUUUAAUAUGUACUAAACCAAUAUUAUAUAUAAAUAUAUGUAUAUAAUUUGAAAGGGAAUCAUGAUAAUAAUAAAUCUGAUUCUAUGGUCAGGAUAUAUAUGUAGGAGUUGGGUUCUUAUAUUUGCU